AACGUCAAAUCACAAUGAGUGUGGCAACGCUAAACGGGUAGCCAUCUUUCUUUCUUUCCCCAACUUCACGACCGCGUGGACGUCGAUACGUAAAAGGGAACCACAGCCAACAAAAUGACCAACUCAAAGGGAUACCGUCGCGGCACCAGAGACAUGUUCUCUCGCCCAUUCCGCAAGCAUGGUGUCAUUCCCCUGUCCACAUACAUGCGCGUUUUCAAGAACGGCGACAUCGUUGACAUUAAGGGACACGGUGCCGUUCAGAAGGGUAUGCCCUACAAGGCCUACCACGGCAAGACUGGCCGCAUCUUCAAUGUCACACAACACGCCGUUGGUGUCAUUGUAAACAAACGUGUGCGCGGCAAGGUUCUAGCCAAGCGCAUCAAUGUGCGCAUUGAGCAUGUGCAUCACUCCAAGUGCCGUGAGGAUUUCCUGCGUCGCGUCAAGGAGAACGAGCGUCUGCUCAAGGCUGCCAAGAAGGACGGCAAAUGGGUGAACCUCAAGCGUCAGCCCGAGCAGCCAAAGAAGGCGCAUUUCGUUAAGAAAUUGGAAGAACCUAUCGCCCUGGCGCCAAUUCCAUACGAAUUCGUUGCCUAAGCGGAGUC